AUGUCCUGGCUGUCGCCCUUCAGUGCCAACGCGACGGCACCGGUGCUGCAGGAGUGGCCUGGGUCGCACACCUGCCGCCCGCGCUUCAUGGUGGUCGGAGCGCCAAAGUGCGGCUCCACGUCGCUCUUCCGGUACCUCGAGGCGCACCCCGACGUGCAGCAGCCGGCGACCAAGGAGCUGUGCUACUUUUCGCGCUUCAAGCGGUACCUGACGCACUACCGCACCGGCCCUGCCACGUCCUGGCCACACUACCUCGCCGCGCUCGCCGGCGUCGCGCUGCCUCGCGGCCGCGGCCGCGCCGGCAGGCAGGGCCGUGGCAGGGGCAGGGGCGGCCGCCGCGGCCGCGGCAGCCGCGCCGAGCGGAGGCUGCAGGAGAUCGGCGCGGGCAGCGUGCACCGGCUGGCGAAGCGCGCCGCGGAGCAGCAGCAGCUGGCGGCAUCCGAGCAGGCCUCGAUCGACCUUCUCCGCCGCUCGGCGCCGUUUUGCGCGCAAAACAAGAAGGUCGCGUUCGAGGGCUGCCCCUUCUACCUGCAUGAGCGGCUCGCGGCGACGCAGCUGCGGACCACCUUCCCUUCCAUGCGAGCCAUCGCCCUGCUGCGCAACCCUCGCGAGCGGACUGUCUCAGCGUUCAACGACUACUUGCGGAUGGGGAGGAUCCGCCGCGCAGCUGGCGGCGCCACCGCUCGGGACGCUCAAAUGCUCACGCUGGUCGCCUCGAAGAUUGAGAUGCUGCGGAGCGGCGUGCGGCAGCUCGAGGACUUCGACAUGCGUAUUCUGACCUCUGCAGCGUGGGGGCGCGCGUGGCCGGCGUCGCAGCUGCUAGUGCUCCAGUCGGAAGAGAUGUUCGAUGCGGCGGAGGCGGUGGUGCAUCGGGUCGAGGAUUUCCUGGGCCUGCGCCGCGCGAUCCCCGCCUCCGCGUACAUGCGCACGCACAACAAGAACACGCUGGCGGAGAAGGCGCGGGCCUCCGCCGCGCUCAACGGCACGCUCGACGCCCGCUCUGACUGUUGCACCGAUGCCUACCCUUGCGAGCUCUCACGCCUCCUCGUGGCUGGCCUCUCGCGGCACGCCCUUCCGCCCGUGGCCCAACGGUACACACGCGUGAGCCGCGACCUGGCCGAGAUCCCGGUCGAGGUUCAGCCGGGGAGACGAUCUGGCCAAGAUGUAGCCGAGGCGUGGCGACAGGCGAGUGUGGCCGAGAGAAUUAUAUGGCAGCAGCUGUGA